GACAUCCACAUUAAUCUAAACAGUCGGAUCGGUAAAAUGUCAGCGCAAAAUGAUGGCCCUAGCUUUAGUGACGAUGACGUGCCCUCACACACUAGUCUCUGGACAAGGAAUUUUAUGGAUAAACUUGGCGUUGUAGUUCGACACGAACGCUCGCCAGUUAGUAUUAUCAAAGAAUGGAGUUUAUCUGUAUUAUCUGAGGACAACUUGAAAGUGAUAGAAACAAUGCUCCCGAAAGCUGCUUCUUGUUUGAAGAAUAUAGACUUUGAAUCUCUAGAAGACAUCUGGUGUGCCAUGAAAUCAGAUAAACUACUUACAGAUUUGCUGAAACUUAUCAAACUUGACACAGAUUUUCGAUAUCCUGCAUCACAGCCUUCCUCGUUUGGAGUUCGAGGCGAAGACUUCAUGUUUACACUUGCAUACAUUAUUGAAAAUAUGGAAGAGGACAAAGACAUUUUUGAGUGGCAAUACCAGAUCUUGUUUGACAAAUUUAUACAGAUGUUUGGGAUUAUAUCCAUGCAGCAACCAUUUAUAAAAUCCAAGAAAUCCCUGAUAAUGGGCAAAGCAGUGGAUUCUCAGCCUAAUUUGCUGUGUUUCACAUCGGAUCCGAGAAAGAAAAGAUCAGUGUUGAUGGUUUGUGAGGUGAACAAAAAUGAUCUUCUUAGAGAAGUGAUUUCAGAAGACUCUCCCCCAGAGAAAAAACUUAGAUCCACAUCUUGUAUCAGUUCCUGUGUAGCCUCUAGCAUUACCGACUCUCUGCUGGCUCAGCAUGUUGGAGAGCUGUUUGUUUACAUGGACAAGUCCGUGACAUCCAGGGCGGUUCUGGGAAUGACAGUAGAAAGAACACAUAUACGUGUAACUUUACUUCAUGCUAAUGAAAAUGCUUUGGACAAAGUGAAGAAAUCUGAUGGUGGAGGCUCUGUAUGUUUUGAUGCACAAGAAGAAAGACCUCGAUUUUAUUACAGUAAACCACUUAAUUAUCUCAAGAGAGAGGAUCGACUGGAACUCGUGCAGUCUCUGCUCCAUAUCAGAAUGAUGCAGAAAAAAUUUGAACAAUAAUGAGGUGAAUUGUAGAGUUGGGUACCACAGAAAAGAAAGGUACUGCGCUAUACCAUGGUAUUUGCAAAAUACCGCGGUACAUACCACGAUAUACCGCAGAUUUAAUCUGAUUCAAUGUUUAAUGUUUUAUAUUUGUGAUUCAUUGUAUAUUAUGAGCAGUUAUUGGUUUUUGAUUGUAAAUUGCAUUUGAUUUAUUCAAUUAUAAAUGAUAAGGAAAAAUAUCUUAUCUAAAUUUAUUUUUAAACCAGUUAACAGAACAAAAGUAUAAUCCAAACAUAGAAGUAAGCUAGACUGGAAAUGAAGGCCUAAGUGAAUAUGAGAAUUUUGUUGAUUAAUUGCUUCACUGCCAUAUCCCAACUGAAUCUCAGGAAGAUUAAUAUUCUUUCUUGUAAAAUCAACAUUAACAGUUUUAUUUGCAUUAAAAUCUACAGCCCAGAUAUUAGACUAUUUUUUUUUAUUGUGUUAAGGUCAUUAAAAGUGAAAGAGUUUGGUUUAUAAUGUCAUUAUCAAUGAUAGCAAAUAAGGAAAUAUCAUCAGCAAAUAAUCAAAUAUUGUUAGAAAUGUCAUUGGUGAUGUCGUUGAUAUAUAGUAAGAACAAAAAUGGACCCAGCACUGACCCCUGGUGUACCCCAGCAUUUGAUAUUUCGUUUGUAGAUGAAAAGCCUACUAGAGUUACUCGUUGUUGCCUCUGAGUUACAUGUAAGUAGUCCUUAAUCCAGCGUAAUAUAUUACCAACAAAACCCAACCCCUGAAGUUUAUGAACAAGACCUAAGUGCCCAACUCUGUCAAACGCUUUGGAAAUAUCACAAAAAAUGAAACAAAUAUCUUUCCCUCUAUCUAAACUACAUUAUUUUAUCAUAGAUGUCAACCAGCUGGUUUACAGUUGGGUCUCCUGGCUAAAAGCUUGACUGAUAAUUUGAUAGUAACUCAUGAUCUUUGAUGAAGUUGAACAUGUAUUUAAAUGAUAUUUUCUCCAUAACCUUAUACACAGAACUAGUUGGUCAGUACUCUCCCUAUUCUUAUAUACAGGUGUAACAUUUGCUUGUUUCCAUAUAUAUAUGGAAGAUUUUUUCUUGGGGGAUAGAUUGAAGAUGCACCGUAUACGACAUUUUUAUGCAUUCUAUAAAAAUGCGACAAUAAGCGUAUGAUCGCGAAAAACAAGAAGAUGUUACAACUAACUAAAAUCACAAACUUUUAAUUUACAGUUCGUUAAAAUUCUUAUUAAAUAUUUUUGUGAAGUAGUUGUAUAAUUUCUUUAUCAAUAUUUGAGAUCAUUUUCCAAACAAAAAGUAGCAAAAUAACACUCUAAAUGAAAUAUAUAUACAAUUAAACAAAGAAAUGUAUUUGAAUCAGUUUGAUUUCAUGUUUCAAAACGAAAGGUUCCUAUCAGUCACGUGCCUCAAAUCGCUUGACUCAACCCUAACUUAGUGCUUUGGCGAUGUGAUAUAAGAUUUAUGAUUAAUCAGUUUUAAUAACAGUUUAUCAAUUAGUUGCGAAUUGGCCAUCAUCAGGAGCCUACUUGAACAGCUGUUGUAUACAAAUUAUUAUACCCCCCGCAACAAGUUGUGGGGGGGUAUACUGGAAUCGGGUUGUCCGUCUGUCUGUCCGUCCGUUCGUCCGUCCGUCUGUCUGUAGACACAAUGGUUUCCGGGCUCUAAAGCAUUAUCCUUUCUACCUACUGUCACCAUAUCUUAUAUAUGGACUACCCAUGGGAUGAAGAUGUUCCCUAUCGAUUUUGGGGUCAAAGGUCAAGCACACUGGACAUCGAAGUAGCAAUAUGGUUUCCGGGCUCUAAAGCGUUAUCCUUUCCACCUACCGUCACCAUAUCAUAUACAUGGACUACCCAUGGGAUGAAGAUGUUCCCUAUCGAUUUUGGGGUCAAAGGUCAAGCACACUGGACAUCGAAGUAGCAAUAUGGUUUCCGGGCUCUAAAGUGUUAUCCUUUCCACCUACAGUCACCAUAUCAUACAUAUGGACUACCCAUGGGAUGAAGAUGUUCCCUAUCGAUUUUGGGGUCAAAAGGUCAAAGGUCAAGUGCACUGGACAUCGAAGUAGCAAUAUGGUUUCCGGGCUCUAAAGCAUUAUCCUUUCCACCUACAGUCACCAUAUCAUACAUAUGGACUACCCAUGGGAUGAAUAUGUUCCCUAUCAAUUUUGGGGUCAAAAAGUCAAAGGUCAAGCACACUGGACAUCGAAGUAGCAAUAUGGUUUCCGGGCUCUAAAGCGUUAUCCUUUCCACCUACAGUCACCAUAUCAUACAUAUGGACUACCCAUGGGUUCCCUAUCGAUUUUGGGGUCCAAAGGUCACGCGCACUGGACAUCGAAGUAGCAAUAUGGUUCGGUUUGUCAUGCCAUUUGUUUUUUACACUCAGAAAAGAGGUAGUUUAUACCUAUUACCAACACCCUUUGGGAGAUUGGGGUAAGCGGGGGGUAUUCUUAGUGAGCAUUGCUCACAGUACCUCUUGUUUUUAUUAGUUAGGGAGUGGGCAAACCACCCAAAUUCUUAUUGCGUUUCUAUUGCACAAUAUAUAAUUCAGAGAGAAUUGCAUUACAGUCCUCAUCCUUUGUAAGGAUUUGCCAAUAAUUGAUGAAUUCCGUUUUAUUUUUCAGAGUCCAUAGUUGUAUUUGAUUACACUCCCUCAAAAAAAAAAAAAAAAAAAAAAACACAACAAAAUAAACAAACAAAGGGGAUGUUUCUUGAUUUUUCUUUUAGCAUUAUGUAAUAGAGCUACAGCUCUUUGUCAAUUAAUUAUCGUGGAAUAGAGAGAUUGGGUGUGUGUUUGAAGUAACAGGUGCAAAGCGCCGGUCGCCUAUCCUUUUCUCAGGAGUGUCGUGUGAGUUAGAGACGAGAGUGAAUUUGGGGGGGUUUCUGAGUUAAUUGAUUUGAAUGCUCUCUGUUUCUGUUGAAUGAUCGAAUUUUGGGAUAUGAAAGUAAGAGUAGAUAAAUUUAAUAUGUAUUUUGCUUGAGAAAAGGCCUUGUGUGAGUGGAUUAAAUUAGGAGGUACCUCGUGAAAAAGAGGAGAUUAAGUUUAACGGUGAAGGUGAAAGCAAGUGAUUUUUUGGAUUGUGAAUUUCAUAUACUUGUGAACGUGUCCUUGUAUAUAUGUAGAUUUGUAAAUAAAUAUCUAAAUAGUA